CUCUCCAUCCCCUUCGUCCUUUCCUCCUCAGACUCAACAGCCACCAAUAUGAGCACUGGAAAUACUCCUUCGCGGUCGGCGACGCCAGCCAUACCUCCGACUGGAACCGCGAAUGGGGCAGCACACGCUGUAGCACCAAGUCGCUCUGCCACGCGUGGUGAGGUUGGCAAUAGCAGUCUUGGUACAUUCGGAGUCAAAUCUGGGCUGGCGCAGAUGCUUAAAGGAGGUGUCAUAAUGGACGUGACCAAUGCAGAACAAGCUCGUAUAGCUGAAGAGGCUGGGGCAUGUGCCGUCAUGGCUCUCGAACGGGUUCCGGCGGACAUCCGCAAGGAAGGCGGCGUAGCACGUAUGAGUGACCCGAAAAUGAUUAAAGAGAUUAUCGAUGCCGUAACUAUACCUGUCAUGGCGAAAGUACGCAUAGGACACUUCGUUGAAGCGCAGAUUAUCCAGGCUGUCGGUGCCGACUAUAUUGACGAGUCAGAGGUUCUGACACCUGCGGACGAACAACAUCACAUAAACAAGCACACCUUUAAGGUGCCCUUUGUAUGUGGAGCCAAGAACUUAGGCGAAGCUUUGCGUCGUAUCUCCGAAGGUGCCGCUUUCAUUCGCACCAAAGGUGAAGCUGGAACUGGUAAUGUUGUUGAAGCCGUACGCCACCAAAGGGCAGUCAUGGCGGAUAUCCGCAGAGCUAGCGCUAUGAACGACGAGGAACUAUAUGCGUUCGCAAAAGAGUUAACGGCUCCUUUCCAUUUACUCAAGGAGGUCGCACGUCUUAAGAGAUUACCUGUUGUCAGCUUUGCCGCAGGUGGAAUCGCAACGCCCGCUGACGCCGCCCUUAUGAUGCAACUCGGUUGCGAUGGUGUUUUUGUUGGUUCCGGUAUUUUCAACUCUGGAGAUCCUGCUAAGCGUGCUCGCGCUAUAGUCCAAGCGGUGACUCAUUACAAUAACCCGAAAGUUCUUGCUGAGGUAUCGGAGGAUCUGGGAGAAGCUAUGGUCGGUUUGACUAUCGACGACAACAUCAAGGGUGGUCGACUCGCCACGCGUGGGUGGUAACCAAUACAAUACAAUUAAGAAUAGAAGUACUUCGAUCCCAAACCAAGAAACACAAAGUAAUAAGUACACGCACGAUUGUAAUGAACUGUAAUGAAUUGGAUCACAUUACGAC